AUGCCCGGGACGGUGCUGCUGCUCUGCCUGGCCCUCGGGCCGGUCCUGCGAGCCAGGUGUGAGAGCACAGAGGAAUACGAUUAUGAUUACCUCAGCAUCAACAAAACCUGGGUCCUGACCCCCAAGGCACAGGAGACUGAUGCCACACAGAUCCUGAACUCGCUGCUGAAGAACUAUGACAACAAGCUGAGGCCUGACAUUGGCAUCAAGCCCACGUUCAUUGAUGUGGAUAUCUACGUGAACAGCAUCGGGCCAGUGUCUGUCAUCCAGAUGGAGUACACCAUAGAUAUCUUCUUUGCUCAGACCUGGUACGACCGGCGCCUUCGUUUCAACAGCACCUUGAAGGCCCUGACGCUGAACACCAACAUGGUGAGCCGCAUCUGGAUCCCAGACACCUUCUUUAGGAACUCCAAGCGGGCUGAUUCCCACUGGAUAACCACUCCUAAUCAGCUCCUGCGCAUCUGGAACGAUGGAAAAGUGCUCUACACGCUCAGGCUGACAAUCGAGGCUGAAUGUCUGCUCCAGCUGCAGAACUUCCCCAUGGACACUCACUCCUGCCCUUUGGUUUUUUCCAGCUAUGGCUACCCACGGGAGGAGAUUGUCUAUCGCUGGAGGCGAUACUCCAUUGAGGUCUCUGACCAGCGCACCUGGAGGCUCUACCAGUUUGACUUCACAGGCCUGAGGAACACCUCGGAAGUUCUCAGGACUGGGGCAGGGGAGUACAUGGUGAUGACAGUUUCUUUUGACCUAAGUAGACGGAUGGGUUAUUUUGCCAUUCAGACCUACAUUCCCUGCAUCCUGACUGUUGUUCUUUCCUGGGUUUCCUUCUGGAUCAAGAGAGACUCUACGCCAGCCAGGACAUCUCUGGGUAUCACAACUGUGCUAACAAUGACCACCCUGAGUACCAUCUCCCGCAAGCACCUUCCCCGUGUCUCCUACAUCACAGCCAUGGACCUCUUUGUCUCUGUGUGCUUCAUCUUCGUCUUUGCAGCUCUCAUGGAGUACGCUACACUCAACUACCUGGUGGGGAACAAGAAACCAGUUGAGCACAACAACAGGAAAGCCAGGCUGCCACCUGCCAGCUCACAGGUGAUGCCAUCCUUUACCACCAUCAACAUCAACAACAUCAUGCACUGGCCCCCAGAGAUAGAGGAGGAUGAGGAUGAAGAUCCUGGCUCUCCGUGUCUGGAGGGGAAGGAGUGUGAGAGGUUCUUCUGCUGCAUUGAGGACUGUCAGACAGGAAUGUGGCGGGAGGGCAGGAUCCGCAUCCACAUCUCCCGCCUGGACUCCUACUCUCGCGUCUUCUUCCCCACUGCCUUCCUGCUCUUCAACAUUGUCUACUGGAUUGCCUAUCUCUAUCUCUAG